UAAGUCCUGUUGCCCGGUGGAAUACCGCGCGAAUGUCCUUCGCGAUCGCGCGACAUUCCGCGAUGCUCGUUCGACGGUGUCCCGGUCCGAAAAUCAUCCCGCUCAACGAAUUUGCCCGUAUACGUAAUCCAGGCACAUGACCGGGUGUUUGAACUGUUACGUCCGUGUCAGCUGAGUCGCUGCAGCAUAUCGCGAGGUUUCGAGAGAUAAACGACGUAGAGAGAUAGGAUGAACGACGUACUUGUGAAUAUCGAUAUGAUUACAAAGAUAACAAAAAGAGAUUACGCUGAUGCAUUUCUUUUACAUUCUAUGAUAGAAACUAUUUCAUUGCUAUAUUAUAUACGUUGACCAUUUACUGUAUAUUGAAUUCUCAAAAAUUGCAUCACGGCCCUGACCUCGUUACGCCACUCUAUUGAAAAAACUGUCAACAAUUCAAUCGAAAUAUACGUGCGUGAAAUUAUAUUUUGGUAGAUUUAACACUUUAAUUAUAUCUCACCUAAUUAUAUGUUAUCUUUGUACUCUGUCAAUUUUUGAAAAUUUAUGUCAUCAUGUUGUUAUAAGAAGUGCAAGAAAGUGUAGUUGCAAAGAGAACUCGUGCUUACUUGUGGCGUCAUCGUUCGGAUAAUUUUGAAACUGCAGUGCAUGAUUCAAACAUGUCGUAAAACUCGUAAACUUGAUCGCUUGAUGCUGUUGAUAGACGCGUUAAUGCGUGGUGUGCACGUGGAUUCCGCAGAUAUUCGUUUGAUAUUAACGAAGGAAAGAUGAAAUUCUCAUAUAAGUUCAGUAAUUUACUUGGCACAGUUUAUCGUAAAGGAGACUUACUCUUUUCUCCAGAUGGAUCGUCAGUUAUUAGCCCUGUGGGCAAUAGAAUCACAAUCUUUGACUUAAAAAACAAUAAAUCUAUGACGCUCCCUGUGGAAAGCAGAUUUAAUUAUACUACUAUUGACAUAUCACCAAAUGGUUGUAUGCUAGUCGCGAUUAACGCAGAUGGUGAAGCUCAUAUCAUCAGUCUGAUAAGCAAAGUGAUUUUACACAAGUAUAGAUUUAAAGGACGCCCGAAGCGUGUAAAGUUUUCUCCAGAUGGAAAGCAUUUUGCAGUUUGCAAAGGAGGUGGCGUUUUCGUUUUCAAUGCACCGGGCUUACAAACGGGGGAUUACAAUCCAUUUAUUAUGGAACGUGCGUUUCACGGAGCCACCUCUGAGACAACGUGCGUUAAUUGGUCUUUUGACUCGAAAUUGUUGGCGGUCGGUUCGAAGGAUACCACCGUGAAGAUAUACAGUUUACAAAAAUGGGCGAACUUUCGGUGGAUUACAUUGGGCGGUCAUUCCGACGUAAUUGUGGCGUGCUUCUUUGAAGCAAAACAGUAUGAUAUGUACACUAUUAGCAAAAGUGGCCGAAUGUGCGUCUGGGAAUGCACACUUGAACCAGACGAUUGGGUUGAAAUGGAACCACCUUCAAAAAAGGAAAAAUCCAAAGACAGCGACAGUGAGGAUGAUAUCGAUAUAGAAAAAAUUAUUGAGAGAACAGAAAAGCAGAAGGCCCAUGCUGAACGUAAAUUGUUAGACGCAGAUGAUUUGCCACAAGAUGAUACACAAGAGGUCUUUACGAAAGAGGAAAAUAAGAAAAUCAAAAUGUUAGGUUAUAAAAAGCAAGCUACUUUCUAUUUAACAGACGAAGUUCGCAAACAAAAUAGAGAUGCAAAGCUUACUGCAGCUGCUUAUCAUCAGGAUACUCAUAUAUUGGUUAUUGGAUUUAACAUUGGUUCAUUUUACUUGUAUGAAAUGCCACAUGCUAAUUUGAUCCAUUCGUUGAGUAUUUCUCGACAGCGUAUUUCGUCGAUCGCGUUAAAUUCUACCGGAGAUUGGAUAGCUAUAGGAUGCUCCCACGCUGGUCAGCUCCUGGUUUGGGAAUGGCAGAGUGAAACAUACGCUAUGAAGCAGCAAGGGCAUCGAACUAAUAUGAAUUGUCUGGCGUACAGUCCCGACGGCCAGUACAUCAUAACGGGCGGCGACGACGGGAAAGUUAAAUUAUGGAACACGCUAACCGGAUUCUGUACGCUCACGUUCCACGAGCACACCUCGUCGAUAUCCAGCGUUCUGUUCAGUCACAAUCGUAAAUUCGUCGCGUCCGCCUCGUUGGACGGAACGGUGCGAGCGUACGAUUUGGCGAGGUACAGAAAUUUCCGUACUCUCACCUCGCCACGUCCGGUGCAAUUUUCCUGCCUGGCGAUCGACGCGAGCGACGAGUUUCUCGCUGCGGGUGGCCAAGAUUUCUUCGACGUGUAUCUGUGGAGCAUGAAACUUGGGACACUUUUAGAGAUAUUGAGCGGCCACGAGGGACCUGUUGCGAGCUUGGCAUUCAAUCCCAAUCCCGCCAGUACAGAACUGGUAUCCGCAUCCUGGGACAAAACGUUGAAAAUAUGGAAUGCCAUUGAAAAUGGCUCCGCGCACGAGACUGUACGAUUAACCGCUGAUGCGCUGUGCGUGACUUACAAACCGAGCGGAGAAGAAGUUGCCGUCGCUACGUUGGACGGACAGAUUACGUUUUUUGAGUGUAAGACGGCAAGGCAGACGGGCUUUAUUGAGGGCAGAACCGAUUUGGGUGCUGGUAGAACUAAAACGGAUCUCGUCACGGCGAAGAAGAAUUUGCAAUCCAAAGCUUUCACUACGUUAUGUUACUCGGCUGACGGUACGUGCAUAUUAGCUGGUGGUCGUUCCAAGAAUGUGUGCAUUUACAACGUUCAAGAAUCGGUAUUGUUGAAAAAGUACGAGAUCACUCAGAAUCGUUCUCUGGAUGGCGUGGACGAUGUUAUAAACAGGAAGUACAUGUCUGAAUUUGGAAACACAGCUUUAAUUGAGCAUCGCGAAGGCGGCAACAUAUCGUUACGACUGCCAGGUGUUAAAAGUGGAGAUAUGGCAAGCAGGAGAGUCAAACCGGAAGUGAGAGUACUCAGUUUACAAUUCUCUCCCACAGGACAAGCAUGGGCGGCAGCAACAACGGAAGGCUUGUUGAUAUAUUCUUUGGAUAUUGGAUUGAUGUUCGAUCCGUUUCAAUUGGAGCUUGGAAUUACUCCGGACACCGUGAGAGAAACACUUGAUAAACACGAUUACGCAAAAGCAUUAAUGAUGGCAUUGAAGUUAAAUGAGAAGCUGUUGAUACAACAAGUUAUAGAAACCAUUCCGUACAAAGAAAUUGAAUUAAUAACGACGAGUAUGCCAGACGUUUAUAUCGAAAAGCUAUUGAAAUUCAUAGCAUCUGAAUUGGAAUCAACGAGGCAUAUACACUUCUAUCUUUUAUGGAUAGAAACAAUCUUGACGAAAUGCGGGUCACGCAUCGAUGGCGCGCUAAUGAUGCCACUGCUGUUAAUGCUGCAUAAGAAUAUGCAAAAGAAAUAUGACGACCUUAGUAAAAUAUGCGAUUUUAAUCAAUAUACGAUAAGCUAUAUACUGAGAAUAGGAGAUUUGAAAUCUGCGAAAGAUGUGUCAAGGUAUUCUGCGGUCUCGAUAGAUGACGAAUCUGAUUUGUCCGUAGAAGAAAUCGAUACGGAUUGAGCUUUAUUUAAAUUGUAGGACAAAGAUUCUUGGAUAAUUGUAUAUAGUAAGUAUUGUUUAUAAAAAAAUAAACGAUGUAUGCCGAAAAAAAAA